AUGAGUGGAACUGAUGUUGAUACUGGCGCUCCUGCCGAAUGGAAGAAGUACGACUCGUACACCCUUGAGGUCGACCCCGACCAAGAUGACAGAGCCACCGAGAUCAAGCUUUGCAACUUCUCUCGCCCACACAUGAGAGCCUUCCACUUUUCGUGGUUGGGUUUCUUCAUCGCCUUUUUCAUCUGGUUUGCCAUUGCUCCCCUUCUCUCUGAGAUCCGUACCACUCUCGGACUUAGCAAGAAGGAGAUCUGGACUUCGAGCAUUGUCGGUGUCGGUGGAACCAUCUUUAUGCGUUUCCUCCUUGGUCCUUUGUGUGAUAAGGUCGGAUCCCGCGUUCUUUUCACCAGCGUCCUUUGCUUUGCUUCCAUCCCUACCGCCUGUACUGGACUUGUUUCCAGCGCCACCAGCCUUGCCAUCCUCCGUCUCUUUAUCGGAUCCGCCGGAGGUACAUUCGUCAUGUGCCAAUACUGGACUUCUAGAAUGUUCACCAAGAACGUCGUCGGAACCGCCAAUGCCCUUGUCGGUGGAUGGGGAAACCUUGGAGGAGGUGUCACGCAAUUGGUCAUGGGAUCUGCUCUUUUCCCUCUUUUCAAGGAGAUCUUCAAAAACGAGGCCAACCCAGCCGAGAUUGCCUGGAGAUGGGUCAGCAUUGUUCCCGCUGUUGUCGCUUUCGGUAUUGGUGUUGCCAUGUUCUUCUUUUCUGAUGACUCCCCCAAGGGUAACUACAACGAGUUGAAGAAGCACGGAGCCAUGGCUGACGUGUCUGCUGCCGCCUCUUUCCGCUCUGGAGCCUUGAACUUCAACACCUGGGUUUUGUUCAUCCAAUACGCAUGCUGCUUCGGUGUCGAAUUGACCAUGAACAACGCAGCCGCCCUUUACUUCAAGGACAAGUUCUCUUUGACUACCGAGGAAGCCGCCGCCAUUGCUUCCAUCUUUGGAUGGAUGAACCUGUUCGCCCGUGGUCUUGGUGGAUUCUUCUCUGAUAAGGCCAACGCCAAGGCCGGUAUGCGUGGACGUUUGUGGACCCAAACCAUCCUGCUUCUUGUUGAAGGUUGCUUGGUUUUGGUCUUUGCCAACACUGCAUCUCUCGAGGGAGCCAUUGUCGUCAUGGUCUUUUUCUCCUUGUUCGUCCAAGCCGCCGAGGGAUCAUCGUACGGAAUUGUCCCAUACGUCGACCCUCCAUCCACUGGAUCCAUCUCUGGAAUCAUCGGAGCCGGAGGAAACACUGGAGCCGUCGCUUUCGGAAUGGGAUUCCGUGAAUUGGAAUACAAGGACGCCUUCAUCAUCAUGGGAAGUACCAUCAUCGCCUCUAGUGUUCUUUCCUUCUUCAUCUGCAUCCCAGGAUGCUCUCGCAUGCUCGGAGGAGAGGACGACGUUCCAGCCAAGGACACUCUUGCUGUGCCCACUCCUGAAACCGACAAGGUCGAGGAUGUCAAUGCUUAA